AUGGCCACAUUAAGAACACUUUCCCUUAAAUCACCGUUAUUUUUAUCUAUCAUUAAACCCUUAAUAUACAUUUUAUUUCUUUUUAUUGGUACUGGAUUUUGUCACGUGAUUGAACAUACCGAAGAUGUGGCACCCAUAGUACAAUUUCCAAAAUCACACACUUGCGGGGUUAGUAAAUCCACUCAAUUAAAUAAGUUUUUUCAAGGUCAAACAAUCGAUGUUGUAUGGUCAAAUGACUCUCCGGGAGAAUGUUCCAUUUAUCUAUCGUCUACUGGUGAAGAAAUUACAAGUUGUGCUGAUGUUUCUAUAUCUUCUGCUCAAAACGUCAACAAACAAAAGCGCAAACGAAAUAAUGUGAAAAGGAUCUCUAGCGAAAAUAUUGAGAAACGUGAUUUGUGGGGCGGUUGGUGGAAACGUGACUUGUGGGGUGGUUGGUGGAAACGUUCCUCUGAACCUGAGCUCGAAAAACGUGACUUGUGGGGUGGUUGGUGGAAACGUUCUGCUUCUCCUGAAUCUGAAGUUGAGAAACGCGAUUUGUGGGGCGGUUGGUGGAAACGUGACUUGUGGGGUGGUUGGUGGAAACGUUCCUCUGAACCUGAGAUCGAAAAACGUGACUUGUGGGGUGGUUGGUGGAAACGUUCUGCAUCCCCUGAAUCUGAACCUCUUGAAAAACGUGACUUGUGGGGUGGUUGGUGGAAACGUUCUGCUUCUCCUGAACCUGAACCUCUCGAAAAACGUUCUGCUUCUCCUGAACCUGAACCUCUCGAAAAACGUUCUGCUUCUCCUGAACCUGAACCUCUUGAAAAACGUUCUGCAUCUCCUGAAUCUAUACCUGAACUUAAGAAACGCGACUUGUGGGGUGGUUGGUGGAAGCGUUCUGCUUCUCCUGAAUCUGAAGUUGAGAAACGCGACUUGUGGGGCGGUUGGUGGAAACGUGACUUGUGGGGUGGUUGGUGGAAACGUUCCUCUGAACCUGAGCUCGAAAAACGUGACUUGUGGGGUGGUUGGUGGAAACGUUCUGCUUCUCCUGAAUCUGAAGUUGAGAAACGCGAUUUGUGGGGCGGUUGGUGGAAACGUGACUUGUGGGGUGGUUGGUGGAAACGUUCCUCUGAAUCUGAGCUCGAAAAACGUGACUUGUGGGGUGGUUGGUGGAAACGUUCUGCAUCUCCUGAACCUGAACCUGAAAAACUUGACUAA